CCAACUGCGACCCUGACUCCGGGCGGGAAGCGUUGACUGUUGGCUUUGGGAAGAAGAUGGAAGCGGAUUCCCGACAUAGAGUUCUGUAUAAAACCCGACCUGCCCCCUGGAAGGAGGUGUACCGGAAGAUUGCUGACACUAAGCAGAGAUGUCCCUAAUUAGCUGAAUGACCGUGAAAUGGCAAUAACUCGUGAAGGAAGUGGGACUAAUUGACAAGUCUAUGUCCGCUUGACUGGUUCUACAGCCUGCACUGAUGAUUCAUCAAAGUGGGAAAAACACUAACUUGACACCUUAGAAAGAGAUGUGUAGAAAGAUUGAAGAAUAGCAGAGCAAAGCUGUUGGACAGGUACAGGCAUGUGAAUCAAAAUUCCAACUGCAGCCUGAAUGGAUCCUUCCUAGUUCAAGAGGUGAUGGAUGAAGAAUGGAGAGCCCUGAAAGCCCAAGAUGGUGAUUUCCAAUCGUUGUGGAAGAAGGGAAGUUUAGCAGAGGUUCUGAAUACACUGGAGGAUAUAAAUGAAUUGGCAGAAUUUGAGGAAAUUCAACAAGAGCUCCUCAGCGAAGAACAGGCCAUUAUUGAGGAGUAUGAGGCCAGCUUACGUUUCGAUGAAGCCUGUUUAAAUGCCAUGAUUGAUGGAUUUGAUGUUCCAGACAGGCUCAUUUGUCCAUUAUGUAACAGGAACUACUUAAAUGUGAACAGUAACUUUAUAACGUGUCUAUGUGGAAUGUGCAUUACUGCGAGGGAGGUGACCGUGCAGCAGUUUCGAGCUCUUCUGGAACAUAGUGUCACAGAACAUAACACUCUAUGUGGCCACUGUCCCAGCUUCUGUCUGGUGAAUGGUAUGGAAGCAGAGCCCACGCUUCUCAUGAGCUGUCAGGCUUGUGAUUAUCUGUCAGUUAUCGUGUAAUUACCCAGACUCUUCCUGGAUCUCGUCCAACAAAUCAAAAAAUUCAAUUUCUCAGGGUUUAAAUUGGCUGAAUAAGAAUAAUCUGUGCUUUGUUAUGCUACACCUUGUGCGUUCUGUAUUCUACCUGUAAUGUAAUAAAGGUUUUUUUGUGUUUGUAUUUA